GGAGGCAUUGAACACUGGAGGAAGAGUUAAGAACCAUGGAGCGCAUCGAGGGAGCAGCCGUGGGCCGCUGCACCGCGUCGCCCUACCUGCAGCCGCCCACGCUGCACUACCGCCAGAACGGCACCCAGAAGUCCUGGGACUUCAUGAAGACCCACGACAGCGUGACCCUGCUCCUGCUCAACUCUUCCCGAAGGAGCCUGGUGUUGGUCAGGCAGUUCCGGCCAGCUGUGUACGCAGGUGAGACGGAGCGCCACUCCCCAGGGUCGCUGGCGGCUGUGGGCCGGGAGGGGCGGGAGCUGCAGCCGGCGCUGCCCGGCGUGGCAGGGCUGACGGUGGAGCUUGAGCCGGGGCUCUCGCUGGAGGAGGUGGCCUGCAAGGAGGCGUGGGAGGAGUGUGGCUACCGCCUGGCUCCCUCCAGCCUGCGCCGGGUGGCCACGUACAGGUCUGGGGUGGGGCUGACUGGCUCCUGCCAGACCAUGUUCUGCGCGGAGGUGACCGACGCCCAGCACAGCAGCCCAGGCGGGGGCUUGGCGGACGAGGUGGUGCACCUGCCCCUGGAAGGGGCCCAGGCCUUUGUGGACGACCCGGACAUCCCCAAGAUGCUGGGCGUCAUCUUUGGCAUCUCUUGGUUCCUCAGCCAUGUGGCCCCGACCUGGGUGUCCAGUGAGGCCCGCUGCCCCAGACCCCCAGCCCCGAUAAAAGCUUGA